AUGUCGUUAGAUACAUUAUCAAUACCACCAGUUAAUUGGUCUUUAUUUCUAUUUAGUAGUUUAAUAAUAUGUCUUCGAGCAUCUGCAUCAUUGAUAUGUUCAUGGAUUUUAAAUAAAUUUUAUUCUCCAUCUACAACAAUUGAUGCACUUAAUGAUGACUUAAAACGUAUAACACAAGAAUUAAAAACACUUUCUCAACAAGAUGAGUUUGCUGCUUAUACUCGUAAAGAACGACAACGUACUGCACUUAUUGAACGUCUUAAAAAUGAACGAAAUAAUAUUGAAAUACAACAAAAAAGUAUAUUAAAUUACAUUCGAAUGAUACUCAAUAUUGGAACUAUUUUAAUUAUGAUUAUCUUAACACUAAAAAGUCGACAACAUGAUUCAAUACCAUUAUUUAAUUUUGCAUUCUAUCGUUUUCCAUUAAUUAUUUGGAUUAUGGCAUUAAAUACAUUUGUUUCUACAGUUACAGAUAUUUAUCUUAGAUAUCAAACAAAUAAAAAAAGUACAACGAAAUAA